GACAGUUUACUGUGAGACUAGUAGAUACUAAGACUGCAUAAAGGGCACUGUACUACAUAAUUGAAACGCAGGCCGAUAUUUACAACGUUCAACCAGACAAACACACGUGUCGUGUGCGCUCAGUGUCGUCAAGAUGGGAGGAGAAUUACUUGUGGUGUUUGUUUUAGUUAUUAUUCUUGUUACAAAACUAUCUGUGUUAAUAAGUAAAACAUCGUGCAAGUCAAAGCUGUCUAUGACAGGCAAAGUUAUUAUAGUGACGGGAGCUAAUAGCGGGUUAGGGUUCGAAACGGCCAAAGAUCUGGCAAAACGUGGAGGUCGGGUCAUCAUGGCCUGUCGGAACGAGCACCGCGCGCUCGCUGCCCGCGAUUCAAUCAUCAAAGAGACAGGUAACCCAGAAGUCGUCUACAAGCAUCUCGACAUGUCGUCCCUUGCGUCGGUGCGACGAUUCGUUGAGGACAUCAACAACACGGAGAAGCGACUGGAUGUCCUCGUCAACAACGCAGGAGUCAACGGCUGCGGGGAUCGUUUCACGGAGGACGGCAUCGUCGAAGAGAUGCAAGUCAAUUACUUCGGAGCAUUUCUCUUAACUCUUCUCCUUCUGCCUCUACUGAAGAAAACCGGGGCGAGCCGGAUAGUAAAUGUUAGUUCCACUUUACACUUUUUUGGGAGAAUAAAUUUUGAACAUAUAAAUAAGAAAGGCUAUUACUUGGACAUGUUUACAUAUAGCAACAGUAAGCUGUGCAUAGUUUUGUUUACCGUUGAGCUAGCUCGAAAGCUGAGAGGAUCAGGUGUAACGGUGAACGCCGUACACCCUGGGAUAAUUAUGACUAACAUCUGUGCUACAUCGUGUGCAUUUGAACGGUUUUUGUUUUCUUCUCUUUGUUGGAUUUCUUCGAGAAAUGUUGUGGAAGGGGCUCAAACAAUUAUAUACUUAGCGGUAGCGAAGGAAGUUGCGACUACUACUGGAAAGUACUUCAUAGAUUGUAAAGAGAGAUAUAUGACUAGAAUGGCUACAAAUAAGAAACUUACCGCUGAUCUGUGGAAUUACUCAGAAAAAUUAGUGGGCUAUGAAGAACCAAAUAAACAUGAGUAAAGUAACACCGUUAUUGCGUAAAAACAAUUAUACUUAGCCAAUUAUUUGACUUGCUGUAUGUCAACAAAAACGAGAAAACUAAUUACUUGAAAAAUAAAACAUUUCUCAUACUCUGAAAGUUAAUCAUUUUUAGGGUUCCGUACCUCAAAAGGAAAAAAACGGAACCCUUAUAGGAUCACUCGUGCGUCUGUCUGUCUGUCCGUCUGUCAUAGACCAUUUCUCCAAAAGUACUGGAGUACUGGACCAAUUUAGUUGAAAUUUGGUACACAUAUGUAAAUUUGUGACCCAAAGACGGACAUCUUACGUAAACGUAAACAAAUGAAUUUUAAAUGAGAAAAUUAAAAAAUAAUGUUUAUUAAACUAUAUCGUGUUACCUAUCAAAUGAAAGAGCUUAUUUUGAGAAUCUCAAAUAUUUUUUUUUGUAAUUUUAAAUAGUUUAGAAGUUAUUUAAGAAAAUAGUCAAAAAAUGACAAUCCCUCCCCUCUCUAUCUUCGAAACUACUGGGUCUAUGCAAAAUAGUUCUUUACCUAUAGAUGACAUUCUCCCUUGUUGAACAAAUAUAACUAUUGCACCCUAAGGGAUGAAUUCUAAUAAUUGUAGCAUUGCCUGACUGAUGAUUUCGAAGAAUAAAAAGAGCAUUUCCGGGCUUCCUGCUCUUGGUAUGAAAGUAGGUAUACAAUAUUCUGGUAUACGGAGUCCAUACAAUGUUAUUAAAGUAGGUAGGUACUUAUGUUUUCUUAGGCAAACUAAAAAUGUAUUUGUUAUAUUAUUGUUUAAUUUAAUAUUUUAAUCACAGAGCAUUCUCACAGAGUGAUCUAGCCUAAUAUAUCAUAGCUAGGCUAUGUUUUUUAAGGUAGUAUUAGACUUAGCUUUAUAGGUACUUUUAGCUUUAGGAUACAUUUUAAUUUUGUUAUUAAUUAUGUUUUUUCAAUGAAAUAUAGUAAAAGUGCAUAUUGUAAA